UGAGCGCCAAGCUGAUGACGUGGAUCGCUCAGUUGACCACCAGAGCAGCAGGAUGGCCGACCAGAGUAGGCAAAUAAAACUCGCUGCAGCUAAGAAAAAGCUGAAGGAAUUUCAACAGAAGAGCUCCCCUGCUAGUGUAGGAGGAGAAAAAGGAGGUGGAGCCAAGAAGAAGAGAAAGGUGAAGGGAUCCAGCCAACAUGAUGCACCUUCACCAGACAGAAACUCUCCAGACAAUUUUGACAGUUUUCUAAAAGCACUUAGUCAAAGCAAUGGAAUAGUCCUCCCUCAUUAUGGCAACUGUCAGACCUUCGCUGACGUGGAGGCCGUGAGGUCUUCACCUCAGCUGCUGGAGGAGUCAAACAGCGAGCCUGAUUACAUCUCACCUUUGUCUAACCCCGCUAGCGCUAACACUGCUACUAACUCUGAGUCUGUCGAUCACAACACUGACCUCCAGGAUUACUCUGAUACCAACGGCAACGAGAAUUCAAUGGAGGAAAAUAGACCGCUGUCUUCCACAGAGAGCCUGCGACAGCUCUCGCAGCAACUGAACGGCCUGGUCUCUGAGUCAUCUGCUGCAUAUGUGAAUGGAGAUGGCGCACCUCCUCUGAGUGAGCGAGAACUGGAGAGUCGAAACCAGGAGCUGGCAGCCGCCCUGGAAUCCAGCAACCUAACAAACUCUCAGCUCACUACCAAGCUAGACCAGCUGACACAGCAAUCUCAGGAGCUUACAGAUCAGCUACAAAAGGAGCGAAAAGAAUUUGAACAGAGAUUUUCAAAAGAGCAAGGCGCCAUGCGGGAGCAAUUACAGGUUCAUAUCCAGACCAUUGGCAUACUAGUAGCUGAGAAAUCGGAGCUACAAACAGCACUACAAUACACACAACAGGCUGCACGGCAGAAAACAGCUGAGGCAGAGGAGCUGAAUAACCGUCUGCAAUCAACAAAGCAGAGAGUGUCAGAACUUGAAAGAACUCUCUCUUCUGUCUCAUUGCAGCAGAAACAGUUUGAAAAGCACAACAAAGAGCUUGAAAAGGAAAGAGACAAUCUGAGAUUGGAGGUGUUUAGACUAAACAAUUUGAGUGAGGAGUCGAAGCAGCAGAGCUCGGAGCUGUCAGAGCAGAUAAAACUGAGUACACAAGAAAAUGCCGCAAUGAAGUUGGAGGUAGAAGAUCUUCGCAAGAGGCUCGAGAUAACUGACCUCAUGUUACAGCAGUGCUCAAGUCAGUCAGAUCCUACCAGUGCCAGCCAGCAGGUUCAGUUACUGCUGGAAGAGAAGCAGCAGGUGGAGGCGCACAAUCACCAGCUUAUGGAGUCCAUUGCCCAGCUGAAGACAGAGAGGGAUUGUUAUGCAGUGCAGAUCCAGGAAGAAGGUCGUGUGUGGAAGGACAAAACUGAACAACUGCUAACACAGGUUUCUCUGGUGGCAGAAGAGAGGGAUAGAAACAUCAACCGGGUGCAAGAACUGGAGGCCAGCAUUGCAGAGUUAAGAAAUGCUGCAGCGUUAUUAUCCCAGGAGAGAGAAGCUCAGCAUGGCACAGAGCAUCAGUCCUCAGGACCAUCAGAAAAUGAAGUGGCUUUGCAGGAGGCCCUUAAUGCCCUACAACAAGAGAAAGAUGCCAUUACGUCACAGUAUCAGGCACAGCUGAGGGACAACGAGCAGCUGAGCCGUAUGUGUGCAGAGCAGGAGUCGCGUCUGGGGGAGCUGGAGCGUCAGGUGGAGAGCCAAACCCAGGAGGCUGAGGACCGCCGACGCAUGCUAGAGGAUGUUCAGUCAGACAAGGCCACUAUUAGCCGUGCUCUCACCCAGAACCGAACACUGAAGGACCAGCUGGCUGAGCUACAGAACGGUUUUGUCAAACUGACGAAUGAGAACAUGGAGUUGACUACAGCCAUCCAAUCAGAACAACAUGUGAAAAAGGAGCUUGCACGCAGAAUGGGUGAAUUGCAAGAGGAGUUGCACAACGUCAAGGAGCAGCUUGAGCUGAAAUGUACAGAAGCUCAGGGUCUGAUGGAGCAGAGGGAUCAGGUAGCGGCACAUCUCCAGCAGUACUGUGCUGGCUACCAGGCCCUGGUCUCAGAGAGGGAACAAAUUCACCAACAGUAUCUGCAGCAGAGUCAGCUAAUGGACCGACUACAGCACGAUGAAAGCAAUGGCCGUGCACAGCUGGAGAUGAGUCACAGUCAGCUUAAACAAGCCCAUGAGCAUCUGGAACAGUUAGUCAGAGACAAUGAGCAGCUGAAAGCUGAGGUGAAAGAGCUGCUCAACAGCUCUGCUCUUAUGACAUCACCCAGAGACCAAGGAGAUGGAGUGGAAAGCCAGUCCCUGCAAGAAAGUCCAACAGAGUCUUCCCCCAUAGUUAUUCCAGAGGAUUUUGAGAGCCAGAAAGAGAUGGAGGAUUUUAUUCGUGGAGCUCUGGCUCAACUGGAGGCAGAGAGGGACGAGGCCAGAAGGCAACUGGAGGAGGAGCGCAGGCUUCACAUAGCAGCCCGGCACCAGGCCAGCGUCACCCUAAGUCUGGAGCAGCAGCGCCACAGCCAAACACCUGUUAAUGACCACGAGCACGGUCACAGUCACGGUCAACACAGUCACUGUGAACACAGUCACUGUGAACACAGCCAUGAGCAUUCAGAAGGAGGAGUGCCGGUGGAAGUUCAUCAGGCCCUGCAAGCUGCAAUGGAGAAGCUGCAGCAGCGUUUCACAUCCCUAAUGCAAGAGAAAGCAGACCUGAAGGAGAGGGUGGAGGAACUGGAGCACCGCUGCAUCCAGCUGUCUGGAGAGACUGACACUAUAGGCGAGUAUAUUGCUCUGUACCAGAGUCAGCGGGCUAUUAUGAAACAGAAGCAUCAAGAGAAAGAGCAAUACAUCAGCAUGCUGGCCCAAGACAAAGAGGAGAUGAAGGCAAAGCUGGCUGAGCUGCAGGAUCUUGUGAUGAGGCUGGUAGCUGAGAGGAAUGAUUGGUACAACCGCUACACUGGAGCUGUAGCCGGCAUGGGCACAGUAAACCCUGACCUGCUUCCUGUUGGACAGGAACACACUCACCCAGACCACCAAGCACACACGCACACAGAGCUUGAUGCGGCCACUGGAGCAGCUAUGGAGGACAUCCCUCUGUCAGAACCUGCCGCCGGUCUUGAAGCUUCCUCAUCCCAGAUGCUGUUGACUGGAUCUGGCCAGACUGACUCCAAGCCCCUGGUGCCUAAAGAGGACGCCACAGCCCAGCAAAUCAUGCAGCUGCUUCAGGAGAUCCAGAACCCUCAAGGAGCUCAAAGAUCACCCCCUUUUCUGGGAGAAAACCCCUGCAUCCCCUUCUUUUACCGGCCUGACGAACAGGACGAAGUAAAGAUCCUGGUGGUGUGAGAUGUGUGUGUGUGUGUGUGUGUGUGUGUGUGUGUGUGUGUGUGUGUGUGUGUGUGUGUGUGUGUAAACAUGAGAAAUGUUGGACUUGUGUUGAAGUGUGGGAAAUAUUAAAUCCUACAGUUUACCACGUCUGUAGCUUACUGAUGAUCUUCUCAAACACUUCAUAAUAUUGGAAACCUUACGUGACUGGUCGAAGAUGCACGAAUGUCGUUGACCCAGUUACAUUAAAACACCCGCCCCCGUUCCGCGUGUCAGCACUACUGUGUGUGAGGCUUAAUUGAGAGGAUUUUGUAUUUGCUGUUUGUUUUUAUGUUCUUGUUUGUCCCUGAUGCUUUUCCCAGCGAGGAAGUGGUCAGUAUUCCUAAAUGCAAUCGGAUUUUUUUUUCUCCACCUCAGUUUUGAAUUCCCAUCUCACACAUAUGUGCAAUAAAUGGGGCCGUAUAUCCUGUCCCCUCGCUGAUAGAAUACUGAAAGAGCUGUCAAGUAUUAACAGCCUGUUUGUGUGCAACUUUAUUCAAGUGCAAAUGUCAGUUUAAAUCCACUGUACACAUGCCAAAAAACAAAACAAAAAGAGAGAGAGAGAGCAUCACAUGUGAAUGUAAUAACCUCAAUAUUAACCUGUAUGUGUGUUUAAUGUGAAGUGAGGAGAGGGGAUGCAGAAAGAGCAUAUCAGGUUGGGUAACUAAUGAGUGUGGAGUGAGAUGUAAGGUGAAGUUAAGUGAGUGAAAGGGGUUUAGUGCACAUAAAAGCUUUUAAACUGUAGGCGGUGUUCAGUUUUGAAGUCAAGAGCUCGCUACGUUACAUAAUUCAGGAAGAUGGAUGUUGCUGAUUGGUACUGUUCUUUUUCCUCCAGACACUGAAAAGAAGUCAUGUUUGUACAUUGUAAAAUGUUCGUAUUUGUGAUUUUUUUUUUUCUUCUUAUGUUUUGUCCUGUUAGACUGAAAAGGCAUCACCUUUAUAGGGUAUAGGGCAUAGAUGGAGCUUAGAGACCCAUGAAGUUAAGCAGUUACUCAGUUAUAAAGGCAGUGAAGUCAUCUUCUCCUAACAGUCGUGUGGAUAAAGUAAAUGUAAACAUAAAUAUUAGUGGUUGGGGUGCUGUGCUGCUGCUGACUGCUUUUCACAUUAUUUCAUCUUUGCAGUUAUUGCAAUUUUUGGGGAAGUUGCUUAUAGUUUAAUGUCUAUACCUGCAGCUACACAUCAUCUUUUUUCCUCAAAUCAGGUAAUCUGGGGUAUUUGGCUGACCUCAUCACAGACUCGGUCACUCGUCUCAUUUCAUCUUAUCCCUAACCACGCCUUUGCUGUCUCGGGGUCUUUAAGUUUCCAAACAAAUCGACACUAAAAACACGAGCCUGUUCUUCUCUGUUACAUUUACGUGUAGUUCUACAUAUCAAUGACGAAUUGAUGCACAUCUUUAACAACUGGACUGUGUGAGCAUGCGUAUGUGGAGGCUGUACGUGUGAAAUCCAAACUGUUUUCCUCCUCAGCCAAAAUUGCGUCUGUUGUGCUUUGUUUGGUUUGUUUUGGGUUUUUUUUAGGGUUUUUUUGUGG